CGGUAGUAACAAUUUAGCCCAUCUUAUAGUCCAGCGGCAACAUGUCCAGGGCUUAAUUACUAGACCUAAAUGGACAUCUUUAGUAUUGAUUGAAUCGUCGUCGUCAAUAUUUAUCCCGCGUCACCUUGAUUCCUGAGAUCAGAACAACAUGGAAGGCAACAUGUCCAGAACGUUCCAAGGCAGAGCGCGUUUGACAUCUCUCGCAUGCCUGGAAAACCAAUCGACAAUCGAAUAAUCCCUCAGCGCAGCGUGGCACCGCGCGACGAGACGAGCAUGACAUAGCUCAUUAUUCAGUUCAUACGAGGACUUGGUAAAGAACAUUUGAACAACGACAGUUCCAGUACGAAUGUCCCACAAUGAUGUUAACAGAAAGUCCUCCCAUGGUACGAUAGGAAAAGAGUGACGAGGCUUGUCUCUUCAACAAGGCUGAUUAUCUAAUGUGCCGUUCAAGCCCUAUCUGCAUCAAGGGAUACUCCUUGUGCCGCAGAUUCGGAUUUGACUCUAGUAGAUCUGACUCUUUUUGAUUCACAAUCUCUCCUGAGUUAGCUAAUCUACCGCACAGGGAAAACAACCGGGUAACGGACCACAUCCGAACGGUAUUAAUAGGUAAAUGAGGUACGAGUACGGAGUACUCCAUGUCCAUGUCGGAAGAUUUCCGCCCGAGUCCCGCUUUGUUCGUGGUUUCUCUCCCCCGCGCAGAACCCCGAAAAAGCACCACAACGGCAGCACCACGCAGCAAGUAACCGGUAGUUGAACCACAACGAGCGUUUAAAAGGAAAUUGUACGGAACAUCCACUGUAAUAUAUCAUCGACAAAGCUCCCUACGGAAUCAACCCCUGCCUAAACGGGGUUUUUUUCGUGUUGGAAAGAGGAAGUCUCCACGACGCCUCACAUCGAUUUACAUCUACUUCUCUCACCUCGACACUUUCUUUUUGGUACUCUCAACUCGUCACUGAUUUCUUCUCGACCGACUCUUCAUAUCCGUACCGACAAUGACGACCGCCAAAGUCGCCCUCGUCACCGCCUCCAGCGCCGGUUUGGGUGCCGCGACCGUCAAAGCCCUGGCUCCCUUCUUCCGGGUGGUGGUCAACUACAACUCGAGGCUGGAAAAGGCACAGGAGGUGAUUUCACAGGCCUCUUCGAUCGCUCCGACGUACACCCUCUCGACCAACGAACAGCGCUUCCACGCCAUCAAGGCCGACGUGUCACAGAGGUCCGAGAUCCAGCGCCUCGUGGCCGAGACCGUCGGCGUCAUGGGCCGGCUGGACGUCGUGGUCAGCAACGCCGGUUGGACCCGACUGACCAAUUUCUUCGACAUCGAACAGCAGGUCAACGAGGAAGAUUGGGACCGUUGUUUCAACGUCAACGUCAAGAGCCACCUGUGGCUGCUGUACGCCGCCAAGGACCACCUCGAAAAGGCCGCCGACGAGGAGGGUGGCAUCGGCGGCGCCUUCGUCACCGUCGCCAGUCUGGCGGGCGUGAGGCCGAGCGGUUCCAGCCUGCCGUACAGUGUCACCAAGGCGGCCGAGAUUCACCUGACAAAGGGUCUCGCCAUGAUCUGUGGUCGGAAAAUCAGGUGCAACAGUGUCAGUCCUGGCUUGAUGUUGACCGAGUGGGGCAACAAAUUUCCGGAAACAAAAGUCAAAGCUACUACCGAUAAAUCGGCUCUCAAGUCGACGGCCGUUCCCGAAGACGUAGCGGAUCAGAUCAAGACGGUGGUAUUGAGUAAAUCGAUCACAGGCCAGAAUAUCGUCAUGGAUUGCGGUAUCGCCAUAUAGAAAAUACAAAUCUAAACCUCAAAGAGCAC